AUGGCCGUCAAUCAGGUCAGCUUUGAACCAAAAGCAGCACUAAACCACAUGGUACACAGAUUGGCAAGAAAGGUUGAUGGUUGCGAUACAGAUUACGGUGGAUGUCAAGGAAGCAAUGGGGUUGGAGGUGCGAGUGGUAGAAAUUGUGAUGAUAAUGGUGGGGAUUUUGAUUGUGGACAAGAUCAAUGUGGUGUAGGAAAUAAUGGUGAGUCUAGUAGUGUGGGCGGGGGUGGAAGAGGAUCGGGUGGAUUUGGAAGUGGUUUUGGUUUUGGAGGUGGCAGCUAUGGAGGAGGAGGCGGUGGGGGAGGAGGCAGCGGCUAUGAAGGAGGGGGCGGCGGGGCAGGUGGAAGUGGUGGAGGAGGCGGGGGAGGUGGAGGUGGAGUUGGAAGUGGCGGGGGGGGGGGGGGGGGCAAGGUCAGGGGUGCUCCUAGCUAG